AAAAAAAAAAAAAAAACUAAAAAUUUCUACGAAAUAUUUAAAUCUGGAAGUUGCAGCCAAGGAUUCUAAGGAUGUCCAAUCAGCCUCCACAAAUGGAUCUUCCGCUAAACGAGAAACUUAAGCAAUUGGAUCAUAAUAUUGGAAAACUGAACCAAGUAGUAGAUCAGGCAUUAAAUAUGGAUCGAGAGAAACUAACGUUAAAAGAGAAAAUAGAUUUAGAUUUGUUCGUCGCCUAUACGUUAAAUGCUAUGUUUUGGACAUAUAUAAAGACGUUAGGGUUGGAUCCGACGAAAAACGAAGUGAAAAAUCAACUUAAUCGUGUCAAAGAUUAUAUGGAAAAAGCAAAACAGGCUCAUGAGAGGCAAACAAUACGACCAAAACUUGUUCAGAAAGUGGCCGCCAGAUUCAUCAAACAUGGCAUUAAUAACAAGCAGUGAUUGAAAUAUUCAUUUUGACAAAGAAAAGUCAAUUUCAAUAAUGUGAUU